AUGGCUCAACCCAACUUGUGGUAUCGCACGUUUACACGCCACGAGGGCGAUGAUAUAGAUCGGCUUGCCGAUCCGGCUUUUCUGAACACAAAUUUUAUAGAUUUCUUUGGCAAAUGGCUUCAACAAGAUCAGAAUAGUGAUGUGCUCUCCUUCGAUGCCCUCAUGAUGGGGCUAUGGGGUAAUUCCACAAAGCUCCUCAACAUUCACUUCUUCAAAUGGAACAAACUCUGA